AUGCAUGUGUUGCAGAAGAGAAUAAAUAAUGACACAUUUGGCGAAGUACUGGAGAAAGUGUCAUCACGUCUAGCCGGAUGGAAGGGACAGAUGCUAAGCUUCGCUGGAAGAAUCACACUAACAAGAUCGGUGCUAUCGUCGAUCCCCGUCCAUACGAUGAGCACAAUUGUGGUACCGCAAUCAACGAUAACCAGACUCGAUACGAUCUCGAGGAGCUUUGUGUGGGGAGAUACCACGAAAUGGAGGAAGCAACAUUUACUACCUAAAGGAGAAGGCGGCUUGGGGAUUCGUAGGUCACAAGACAUGAACAAGGCCCUCAUAGCGAAGCUGAGCUGGCGGCUACUGAAGGAUGAUACUUCACUAUGGGCAAAGGUGCUGAGGAGUAAGUAUAAGAUAAAAGAUAUCAAAGAUGCGGCUUGGUGGAGAAGGACAGGGCAGUAG